AUUGAAGAAUUUCUUCCAGAAGAAUCUUUCCCAGAAGUGACAGAAGAAGACAUUGAAAUUUAUAAUCGUUCUGAAAUUUAUUCUCGACUUCUCGCACAGCUUGAUUCUAUGAAAUGUGAAUCUUUUUUAAAUACAGAGCACAAGCUUACUUAUAGCCAUGACGACACUAACUUUUUACUUCGUACAAUAUUAACAGGUAAUGGUUUGCCCAAUCUACAGCAACACCAAAGCCCAUUGAACCAACGCAUCAAUGAUAGCCCAAUAAGCGACAUUUCAACGCUUGAUCAGCCAAUGACUGCUACACCCGAAAUUUUUUCUCAAACCUCCUCAGUAGCGCUAAUGGAAUCCUCGGCAGAUACUUUUGUUAAGGAGCCAAUCGCAGUAGAAAAAAGUAUUUCUCCAUUUUCGAGUCCCAUCUUUUCGCCGAUUCGACCCGGCUCGAAGGAUUUGAUGUUUCAUAAAAAGUUAAAAGUGGAUGGCCGCGAGUCUAGCAAAGUUGAUAAAGGAGACAAUGUGUUAGAAUUUCAACACUUUGGAAGUCCUGUGGUUCAUAACCCAGAGGCCAUUAAAAAAGAAUCUCCGCAAGUCAGGCUAGUGACGCCUCCUCAGCAGGACCACGUGCAACUCCAAAAGUUUUUGCACAACCUCGUGCAACAGCAGAAGUCUAAUGAGCAGAAUAUCCACGUGUUGAGGGGCCAAGUGGAGAAGAAUCAAUCCUCGUUAAAGCAGAUAAUCCUGCAUAUGCAGUUGGUUUCGAAUCGGGCCACCCAGCCCUCCACAACUCCACAGCAGCUCGAUCUUCUGCAGCAGACACACACGCAGCUGCUCACACAGCAAAACCAACUGGUGACACUGAUUAGUAUAGCCCAGUCAAAACUUGCCCAGUUGACUUCCGUCCAACAACAACUGGAACAAAAACAAGCACAGGUUGUGCAAAUGUUGUCGGCCACAAACUUUAGCGAGAGUGCUUGUGCCUCCAUACGCCUUGAGGGCGGCGGGCGGCCCCAAGAAGGAACCCUACAGAACCUAAAGCAGCUCUUUGCCCAAAAAAAAGCCACUUUUAUACGUAUCAACCAAAGAAAAGUUCUUUUAGAACAGCUGGCGCAAAAGCAAGUGCUGAACCAACAAGAGCAAGAAACUCUUAACCGUAUUAAUAUUGUGCAUCCUCAACUCUAUCAGGAGCUUCAAACUUUGUUCCAAAAAAUAUCAAAGUCUGAAAACGAAAGCACUCAAGCGUUGUUGGGGCGCGUGACAACUCAACCUGCUUCUGUAUUUAAUUUUACUGAAGAGCAAAUCCAAACGGCUGUAAGUCAUAUUCUCAAAAAUUCUAAUGUGGAUUUAUCUGCAAAAACUCCUGAAGAAAUCCAUUUUAUUCGCGAAUCUUUGCGUGAAAAGGCCAUAAGUUUGCUUAACGAACUUUUUCUUAAAAAACAAUUGGAAUCGAGUUUACAAUAA